UGCCAAAGUGGCUCUUUGCGCGUAAUCAUCUACAGUCUCGCUCCGGUGUUUGUUUGCGUAAAGGCGCAGUAGUUCUGGCUGACCCGCCCGCCCCCUCUGUCCCCUCUGUCUCUCCUCCCGGUGGGCUCUGUGAUACUUCAUGGUGUGUGUGCCAUCUAGGGUUAUCCGCCGCUCCAUUGCAGUCUUUCUAGCGCAGAGACUCCGUCGCACCUCUCCUUCUCCUGCCUCUCGGACAAACGAGUAACUCCUGAAUCAUUGAGAACAAACGAGAAACUUUCUUUUGGAUGUACUGAUCUCACCAAUUUUAUUUUCUUUUAUUUUUUAACUUUCGGCUUGGAUGCGCGAAGAGAAGCAGGCAAUUACAAGGACAUAUUGUGUUUUCACUGGCAAGUAACUAUACAUCACCGCGGGGAGGAAAAAUAGAAAAACGCCUUUGCCAUGUAGCAACACUCUCUGAAAACCCGCCUGGAAAUACAGAGACGAGCCCACACAGCAGCGAGCUGGUUAUUUUUACUUAAAGGGGGGGAAACUACAAAAAUGCUGUGAAGCUCUUCGUCGCAGUUUGACUGCCGGCACAAGCGCAGGUUUCCAGAGCAUCUGCUGGUGGGGGGAAACAUUUAGUCAAGGAAAAGAGAAGUGCGAGAGAAGAAGAAGAAUAAGAAGCGAUAUGCGGCUCGGUAGGCAGCUGGUGUUGCAGUUCUUCUCCUGGAAUUAGUGGAUGAAUGGGAAGGGAGCGGCUGUAGCCUCGAACCAGGGAAACAGAAUAUACUGUACAGAGCCCGCGGUGGCCCACAAUGGAUACUUGUCCGUCUCUGAAGGUGAAAGAGUGAACGGAUGAGGUGGAGGACUUCUUCCUCAGCACACACACAGACGACACCUCGCAACAUUCAUCCGUGGGAGGAGGGGAAAGACUUUGGAUCGUUUGUUGCCCGCAGGACGAAUUCAAGGUGACCUGAGAGAUCCAACAGAGACAAAUGUGACAACCAUCAAGAAAAGGUGUCGUACGAUUCAGACCCCACCCUCUUGACAUGACUCAAUAUGUGUUUGGAUACCUGACCUGACCAAACAACUGAUCCUAUAACUGCUGCUUGUCCAUUGUGCUCUGAGUGUGAAUGUGGGGCCGUGAGGUGUUUCCGAGGGACCAUAUGGCACAAUACCACACAAUAUAGGUCCCCUUUCUAGGAACUAACAUGGACAAAGUGGUCAUCAGUCUCCUGCUUCUGGGAACCGCAGUUACGAUGGUCCAUGCAUGUCCCAAAUACUGUGUCUGCCAGAACCUCUCAGAGUCUCUGGGCACUCUGUGCCCCUCCAAAGGCCUGCUCUUUGUACCACCAGACAUCGACCGGCGAACUGUGGAGCUCCGGCUGGGCGGCAACUUCAUCCUCAAGAUCACCACUCAGGACUUUGCCAAUAUGACAGGUCUGGUAGAUCUCACCUUGUCCCGCAACACCAUCAGCACCAUUCAGCCUUUCUCUUUCAUCGACCUGGAGACCCUGAGAUCACUGCACCUCGACAGUAACCGGUUGACUGAGCUGGGACCGGAUGACCUUCGAGGGCUAGUCAACCUGCAGCACUUGAUCCUCAACAACAAUCAACUGAGUCGGAUCUCCAAAGAAACCUUUGAUGACUUGUUACUGACGCUGGAGGAUCUGGAUUUGUCAUAUAACAACUUACGCAGUGUGCCUUGGGAAGCCAUCCGCAAGAUGGUUAACCUCCAUCAGAUGAGUCUGGAUCACAACCUCAUCUACUUUAUUUCUGAGGGGACUUUCACAGAUCUGGAUAAACUGGCCCGCUUGGACCUCACCUCCAACCGUCUCCAGAAGCUCCCUCCGGACCCCAUCUUUGCUCGCUCCCAGAGCAAUGUAGUAAUGAGCACUCCUUAUGCACCUCCACUCUCCCUAAGCUUUGGUGGAAACCCAUUGCACUGCAACUGUGAAGUGCUUUGGCUUCGAAGGCUGGAGCGUGAGGAUGAUAUGGAAACCUGUGCUUCUCCUACUAGCCUAAAAGGGCGCUACUUUUGGUCUGUUCGUGAGGAGGAGUUUGUUUGUGAGCCACCUCUAAUUACACAACAUACACACAAGUUACUAGUGCUGGAAGGCCAAACAGCAAGCCUGCGCUGCAAAGCUGUUGGUGAUCCAAUGCCAACUGUACAUUGGGUUGCUCCUGAUGACCGUUUGAUCAGCAACUCCUCCCGAGCAACGGUAUACGAAAAUGGCACCUUGGACAUUACAAUCACCACAUCUAAGGAUUACGGGACCUUUACUUGCAUAGCUGCCAAUGCUGCUGGAGAAUCUACAGCGUCCAUUGAGUUGUCAAUCAUUCAACUCCCCCAUCUGAGUAAUGGCACAAACCGUACCACACAGUCCAAAUCGGGGCUUUCGGACAUAACUAGCUCUACCAAGAUCAGUAAAGGGGAGUCUAAACCUCUUCCAGAGAAGGUGGUGUCUGUAUCAGAGGUGACUGCUGUCUCUGCUCUGGUCAAGUGGACUGUUAGCAAAUCAACUCCAAAGGUCAAAAUGUAUCAGCUUCAGUACAAUUGUUCUGAGGAUGAGGUCCUCAUUUACAGGAUGAUUCCCAUGAUUAACAGAGCCUUCAUGGUCACAAAUCUUGUCCCAGGGAUGCAGUAUGACCUGUGUGUCCUGGCCAUCUGGGAUGACACUGCCACCACCCUCACUGCCACCAACAUUGUCGGCUGUGUCCAGUUCAUCACCAAGGAGGACUACCCACAGUGUCAGUCUCUUCACAGUGGAUUCCUGGGUGGCACCAUGAUCCUAGUCAUUGGUGGCAUCAUUGUGGCCACGCUCCUUGUGUUCAUCAUCAUCCUCAUGGUGAGGUAUAAGGUGACCAGUGGCAUCCAGACUAAUAAAUUACCCACUGUGAGCAACACGUACUCACAGACCAAUGGGGGGUUAAACAGGUUCAACGGUGCCCCACCACAAGUCAAAUCCACAGUGGUGGUCAUGCGUGAGGAAAUGGUAGAGUUCAAGUGUGGAUCCCUCCAGAGCAGUCUGUCUUCAUCCUCAUCCUCUUCUAACUCAUUAGACAGUCAAACAGGAAGAGGGGCUGGCGACCGCUACAGCAUGCAGGGAAGCGAAUGCAGCACCCUGCCCAGCAGCAAGUUCAGGAGACAUGGUGCCAAAGCACGACCAAAUCUGGACCACCUUUUAGGGGCCUUCACCUCACUGGAGCUGCGAGGGGUAGCAAGGGACAACCAAGGGGCUUCUGGCCCCUCCACUGCUUCCAAUGCUGUGACGACGGUGGCUAUGGUACCCCCGUCCGAUAAAGAACCCCUGCUUGGGAGGGCCGAGUCCACUACCAUGCUGGGACGUCUCCUAGGGCUUCCCCAGGAGGGUAAGCCCAAGAGGAGCCACUCAUUUGACAUGGGUCAUGUGGGUGCCACACAGUGUCGCAGCAACUACCCUCGCAGGAUUAGUAACAUCUGGACUAAGCGCAGUCUAUCUGUGAAUGGCAUGCUGCUGCAGUACGAUGACAGUGAGGAUGAGAAGCCCACUUUUGAGAGCUCUGAGUGGGUGAUGGAGAGCACAGUCUGAGUGCAGUUGUGGUUCAUGGCCAAACAUGAAAUCUAUAUCAGGAACUAAAGGAACAUGAGUGUAGAGGAAGGGAUGCUCGAGCGGGAAUCUGCCUUUGGGUAUUGCAUGAAGUUCAUCCAUGUGAAUACUGUCUAAAUAAUUAUGUAAGAAAAAGACACUCAAAUCAAUAGAUUCCUGGCCAUGAUCUCAAAUCUGACAGUCUCUAACUGUAUUUGAAAUAUUGUUCCCAAUUCAAAACAACAUGGAAUCUUGGAUUGUGCAGAUGGAAUAAUUCCCUAUCCACAGGGCACGUGAGAAUAUCUCCGAGAGAAAGGGGGAAAAGAAAGAUGAGAAAUUCAAAGUGGAUUUACUACGUCUUAAUCAAAAGAACUGAAUGCCAAGAGGAUUUGCCUCGACUGUGGUGAACUGUAUGUGCAUCACAAUGUCUUGGACCCUCAGCAUGAAAUGGGACUACUGCAACAGUAGAGAGAAAGAGCAGAAAAGAGAAUAGAAAAUUAAAACAAAGUCAUUUUUAUUUUCAUCUGGGUUUUUCUAUAAUUUUUACUAUUUAUUAUUUGAGGUGAUCCAUCAGCAGGCAGAGGCACGGCUCUUCAGUGAGGUUAUAUUUGUUAGUAAUCAAAAAACACAGAUGAUAUCCAUUCACAUACAGCCAUUUCACAUGAUCCGGCAGUACUUUCAGUCAAUACUUCAACCAAUCACAAAUUGAAAACAUGGUUAUUUUACAGCAUGGACCUAUGGUCAAGAUAUCGGGAACACUAAACCACAACAAGCCAGUCUUGUAUUUCUACCUCAGGUAAUGUAUCAUAUGAGGUUAUAUAUAUAUAUAUAUAUGAAAGCAAAUGGAAAUACAACAAAACCCAAAUGCACAAGAUGGAUCACAAACAGCUCAAAACAGCUCUGUACUUGUUUGCAAAUGCUUCAAAGCAUUAUUUAGUCUCAAACCAAUCCAAUUCAGCUCAGGUUGAAUUCCUGCUGUGACAAAACAUCUUUUUGAAUGCUCUGAUACUCUCCCCAUUGGGUAACACUGGUGACAGUGGUCCCUGGAGGCUAAAAGGCCAUUGAUGUAAACAAAGCGUCUGCCUCAGGGUACGGUUUCAGAUGCUAUCAGCACACAUUACAGUCGCCAUAGGGUGAUAGUGUUUGAAAUCCAUCAUGCCCACUUAAUCAUUUGCUUAAUCCCACAGCAGGAUGUAUUACUCGGCUGUAAUUCUCUUUAACAGAGAGUAAGACAAUUACUCAUUUAGCCAGGUUAAAUGGCGGAAUGAGUCCAAAUUGAAGUUUAUUAGCUUGAUAAAGGUCAUUAUGCUAUUUAGGAGAGAACAUUAAGUGGAGAGAAUGGCAGAAAGAUAACUUUCUAAGGGCCAAACUGCUGAAAAAUCUCUGGAAAUCUAUUUCACCCAAUUGCAUGAUACAGAACCUUUGUUGGUUUAUGUCUUCUUUGAAUGGAUUCAUCAAACAAACCAUUUACCUUUCAUUCACGUUCAUACAGAGCUGGACAUUGCAGUAAGGUACUGUGAAUAAGUGGCUGUUCAAAUUACUGCCUACGAUCAUCUGAGACAUGCCCACACAUUUUGAUGCCUUUCUCAAUAUCUUGUGGAUCUCUGCUGCAUUUCAAGAUGUGGGGUGGUCAUAAUUUUUUUUAUCAUUGUUUUCUUCCCUAGGUGUACCGUUCUGUAUAUUGGCAUUUUUUUGUACAAUAACUGGGUGAGAAUGUAAACGGGGGAAAAUCGUGCAGUAGUACUUUUAUUUUCAUGUGAAGCGAACAGUGAGAAGGUGCUUUACUGUGGUGUACCAACUUGGUCAUUGUUAGUUGGCUCAUUGAAAUGGGAUUUUACACGUUACUACAAGAAGUGAAGGCUGUUUAUAAAGGGUCAGUUCACACAAAUUACAAAAAUACAUGUUUUCUCACUUAUCCCUAGUGGUAUCUAGCUAUGUGGAUACUCUUGGUUUUAUUUGCCCAGGUUUCGAGAUAUCCUUCUGUGAGAUUCCACAAUACAGUGGGGUUGGACUAACAUUUAUAGCAUAGUAGCUAUCCCUUUCAUUUUUGUGGGUGUAACCAUUCUUUGUGGACAAUUUCAAUUCAAGAUUCCAAAUCACCAAAUGAUAAAGUACCUCAAAGGAUAAGUCAGGUGAUAUUCUAUACAUUUCUUAUAUCUUUCUAACAGAUUGUAGGUUUGGUACUUUGAUGGAAUUAGUUGUUCUUCUCAAUGGAUUUCCAGAAAGCCCUAUAAUAAUAAUAAUAUCUAAAAAUAUCAUUUUAAUAUAAUUGUAUCCAUUAUCCAUAUCGCUCACUCUUACAAUGGGAGUGUAGGCAUCCAAAAAACAUGAAUAGUUUUGCAUAAUUAUUAUUAUUAUUUUUUUUUUAAAUUUGGUACUAAUCAUAAAGGAGAUGGAGACCGUGUGCAAUUGGUAAUUGAUGGAGUAAUGAUUGGUGUAAUUGUUUAAUCAGUGCUCAGCUGAACAUGUAAAAGUACGAAAUUUGUCAAAAGGCAAACAUGGAGAGUAAAGUUUUGUAAGAAUAAUUGAAUAUUGAGUUUAAAUGGAGCAGUUGUUCCAAAGAAAUUCCUCUGGAAAUCAACAGUAAUAUCCAUUGUAUUGGACUGGAGGCAGAAAUCUCAGACUGAUAUCCCAAAGCCUGCAUAAAUAAAACCAAAAAUGUUUGCAUGGAUAGAUACCACUAGAGAUACAGUAAAUGAGAUUUUAAAGAAAAUUUGACAUCUGGGUGAAAUGACCUUUUUACCUGCUUUUGCUGCUUGUGACAUCAUGUAACAUCCUCCUCCAUUUUGCUAACUAAGAAUACAAUUUAAGUGUGUACUUGACUUGACAUAGUCAUGAUUCUCACCUGAGGUUCUAGGACAAAAACAAAAAAAAAAGAACUGUUUCUGUGUGAAAACAUUUUGCUACAAAAGAAUAUAAAAUAUUGAUCAAUUCCUAUGAACCAAA